AUGCUCUUCCUUAUCGAUGAAUGCGCUAAAAUUUUACACUGUCACCCUAAAUCAUUGCGUGAUCAGAUACAUCACCCAUCAAAGCGAGCAUUACUCGUAUCAAAACUUAAAGGAAGAAAAGUGCGCACCCUCUACUCAGAUAGGAACGGAUUUCGCAAGACUUUCACUAUUAACGGUCUUACUUACAAAGGAGCACAUUGUACUAUGGCCUACGGGGCUUUGUCUCGUCCUUUCAAUGUUUCUGUUGCAGCACAUUUCUAUUCACGGCAUCGGAUUCGUCUGCAAUAUCCUUAUCUACAAUGUGUAAUUGAACACUUCCCGCGCCGUUGCGAAGAUCGAUUCUAUCCUCUAGAAUUAUUGGAGUUUGUUGAUGAAAAAGAGGAAGACUACAUUGGUUUUCAACUUGAUGAUAAACCACUUUAUUCUGAAGUUUCCGAUAAAUUACAAAUUGAUAAAGAAACAAGUGAUUCAGACAAGAAUAUGGAGGAUACUCUACAUUUUGAAGAUGAUUUUGAUGAGAUGGAAGGCUGGUAA